GGAAGUGCGUUCUGUUGCCGCCACUGAACAGGCGAGGAGUGGGACACAAGUUAAGAGAGCAACUUCUCAACACACGACAAAAUGGACAACGUUUGUAUCGACAGUUUGAUCCUGAAGCUCCACGACGUGGACGCGGUGAAGUUUGGAGAGUACAAGCUGAAGAGCGGCAUGAUGACUCCCAUUUACAUCGACCUGAGGGUGCUCGUGUCCUACCCUGUGCUCAUGAACCAGGUCUCAAGUCUCAUCUACCAGCGAGUGCAAGACGAGGGGCUACAGUUUGACUCGGUGUGUGGGGUCCCAUACACAGCCCUGCCUUUGGCCACCAUCAUCUGUUCUAGACAUGAACUGCCCAUGCUGAUCAGACGAAAGGAAGCCAAGGAUUAUGGAACCAAGCGUCUUGUGGAGGGCUCAUUUCGUGAGGGGGAUACAUGUCUUAUCAUUGAGGAUACGGUGACCAGUGGCAGCAGCAUCCUGGAGACUGCUGAAGUGCUCUACAAAGGAGGACUGAAGGUGACGGACGCCAUAGUACUAAUGGACAGAGAGCAAGGCGGCGUAGAGAUGUUGGCUUCUCAGGGAAUCAAACUCCAUCCCAUCAUCUCCAUGUUCAAAUUGCUCAACGUGCUGCUGGCAGCCGAACGCAUCGACGACCAAACCGCACAAAGUGUUCGCAAGUUCAUCCUGGACAACAACACCUUCAGCCCCAAGGAGAAGAAUGGCAGUGAUGCCCCUGCCACCAAGAAGCCAUGUAUGGAAGAGAAUGUGGAGCUGAGCUAUGCAAACCGAGCCACAUUACCAAAUAUUCACCCUCUGGCAUCAAAGCUGCUGAAGAUCAUGGAGGAGAAGAAGUCGAACCUCUGUGUGUCUGCUGAUGUGACGAGCAGCGAGGAGCUACUUCAGCUGGCCGACUCUUUAGGUCCGAGCAUCUGCAUGCUGAAGACCCACGUAGACAUCCUAAAGGACUACACAGCAGCCUUCAGCCAGAAACUGCAGGCUUUGGCUGAGAAGCACAACUUCCUCAUCUUUGAAGAUCGCAAGUUUGCCGACAUUGGCAACACGGUGAAGCAUCAGUACGAAGGUGGUUUGUACCAGAUCUCAUCUUGGUCCCACAUAGUGAAUGCCCAUGCUGUACCAGGGCCCGGGGUUGUGAAGGGUCUGAGUGCUGUAGGAAAGCCUCUGGGCCGAGGCUGUUUGCUCAUAGCACAGAUGAGCUCCCAGGGGUCACUGGCUACUGGUGAAUACACAAACGCUGUGCUGCAGAUGGCAGAGGAGCAGUCAGACUUUGUGAUUGGGUUUAUCUGCGGCUCUAAGAUCAGCAAGAGACCAGAGUUCAUCCACAUGACCCCUGGAGUACAGAUGCAGGCUGGAGGUGAUGUGUUGGGCCAGCAGUACUCCACUCCGGAGGAAGUCCUCUGCAACAAAGGCUCUGAUGUCAUCAUCGUCGGUCGGGGUAUCCUUGAGGCUCCUGAUAGGCUGAAAGCUGCUGAGUCAUACAGAAAGUCAGGCUGGGAAGCGUACACAAAGAGACUGGGCCGGUGUGAGCAAUAGGAGCUCUGGAGCCGUAAUAUGUUACUACGUCUAAUUUGAAAUUGAAGCCUUCGGUAACUGUAAUACGGACCUCUGCUGAUGACCUGGAAAAAUCAUUUUAUUUUUUAUAUUUUCAAGGAGCCCUCUUGUGUGCAUAGUCGUAUACAUAGGAUAAUUUGUAGACCACACUGCCACAUCCAAAUGCACACCUGUUCCUACACAACCAUGUGGUUUAUUGACAUUGUAACCUGGCAGGUGUGGGGGAUCGGACACUGCUGCUGAACAUAUGCAAAUCUGCUCUCUUCCUUCUGUCCUAAUAAUGAGCAGCUUUUUAAAUGUGUUCCUCCGAUGCCCGCCUGUUGCACAGUGCACAACUUGACCUAAAGUUCAUCUGCUAAGGUGCUUUUGACCAGGUUUGAGCAGACUUUAGAUAAAAUGGUGUUCAGUGUUUCUUUCUUUGACUUCAUUCCUCCUGUCCAGGUCCAAAACGUGCAGAGUUUAUAAUAGCUAGUUUACAAAUUAGGUGGCUGCUAAACUCUUGACGUAGCCAGAGGAUUUGUUUGUUAAAGCAGGAAGACAUGGUGUCAUUCCCUGGACAAAGACUACUGCUUCUUAAGUCAAGGUGAAGCUUUUCUUUGUUACAAACCCACCAUUCCUGUGUAUGUUGAAAUACUAGACCAGGGUUUGUAGUAGAAAUAACAGAGGGUACAAAAUAGUUUUUAAUUGUUAUUGAAUAUUUGGAUUGAAAUUCAGGGCAUUUUCCAGCACACAGAUCUUUUUUUGUGGAUCGCUUUUCACAAGAUCACAGACUCACUCUGACAGCUCGUUUCUGCUGGUCGUGCAUGUUGAGCCCUGGCUUCUUCACUAUCAGUAUUGAGUUGAUUUGAACUUGUAUGCACAUUAGGUUAAUUUCAUAGCAAGUGAAAGAACCUGGUUAGGCACAGAUCAGUUAUAGGUGACAGUAUUUUGACUGAUGUGACUAUGCUUUUUAAACGGUAACACUUAACACUGUGAAUCGGUUACAGAAUGAUGUCUUAUGACUUGCCUGAUGGAUUUCAAUCCACUGCUUUAUUUUAUUUUUAUUUCUGAUUGUAGCCAGAUCAGUUGCCACAACUGUCUUAAGUCUGAUGUCUGCCGUCCAUGUUGCUUAACAAAAAAAAAUAAGAAAUGCUGACAUGAGGCAUUUCUAAAAGGGAUGUGAAUUUCAGUUAUGAUGUGAGAUAAUCAGCGAUCCCACAGAACCGGUCUACAAGUUGUUUUUUCAUUGUUUGUCAACUGUCUCCAAAAAGAAAGUUGAUGAACGGGUUUUGUUGAAAUAAGAGAGAAUUAUCUUCAGGUUGUUACAACUGCCUGAAUGCUGACUGCAGUUGAAUUUUGUAAACAGUGUGUCCUGGAGCAAUUGGCAGUUGUAUUCGUUGCUAUUAGUAACAGGCUCACGUGCAGUGAAAUGACUUCAAGGUAUUGUGGAUGAUGAUGAUAUUGAUUUUUUAAAUGUUAACUCUCUUCUCUUACAGUGACCUUAUUUAGCUGUUCCCUCCAUGUACUUUUCCUUUGUGACUAAAAUAAGAAAUGGGAUCAAACUAAAUAAAUAAAUCUGUGGUGAAAACUUUACAUAGGGAAUUGCUGUAAUAUUAUACUGCUGUGUAGGUGAACUGUAAAUAAGCCUUCAUAGCAGAGGUAAGUCUGCUGUGCUGUGAACUAUGAAUUGAAUGAAAAAAAAUGGCUUACCAGUGAGUCAGAACUGAAUUUCAGUUUAAAGCAGUCAAUCAAAUAAACACAAAUCAAACACAA